CUUCAGUCUGGUAGUCUGGAUGGGGAUUGGUCAGGUUGAUGGGAGUGUGAGGAUGUUGGUAGGAGUCAGAGUCGACAUUGGAAGUGUGCAUCUCGGUGAGGGGUUGGACCCCCUCUAAUCCCUGUUAACAGAUUAAUUAUCUUUGAGCAAUAUCGUGUCGCAGCCGUGUUGUGAAGUCACUUGGGCGUUAAGAUACAGAGGGCUACAAUGCAACGAUAGAGUCCCGUAGGGGUGUCUCUCCAGUCUUAAUCCUCUCUCUCUCUCUCUCUCUCUCUCUCUCUCUCUCUCUCUCUCUCUCUCUUUCUCUCUCUCUCUCUCUCUCUCUGUCACUCGCUCUCACUGAGAGCUCCUGUCCCAUCCAUCAACACAAGCACCUCUCCACUGUCACCCGACAACCAUACAAUUAUUGGCUAUUUAAUAUUUCAAUAAGUGCAACAAUUAUUUGCUCGUCUUCCUCCACUUCCUUUUGUUCCACACUGACAUUUUUCGGCUCGUCUCCCGGCGUUUUUUUUUUUCUUUUUUAAGGAUGAUGUUUUUCAAGAGCAUCAAGCAUUGAUGGCUGGCAGCACACCUCUUUGAGGGGGUAAAUAUUUCACGGACACCGGCGCAGAGCGGAGCCAGAAGGAGAGAGAAACCUCCCAGCACAACUGACUGAGGGUGGAGGAGGGGACCAGUGGCAGCGCUAGAAAAUGGCUGCCAUGACAACGGUGCCCAGCUAUACCCCUUCGCUGUGGGUGCGAGUGUGUCACGCCCUCCCCCGGCUGGACCUCUCCAUGCAGAUGAGGGACAACAUGUUCGUCCCCGACAGCUGGGAGUACCAGCAGACGCUGCUGGUUUUGUCCAGCUUAUCGGCCAUCGCGCUGGUCGUCUCCCUCCUGGUGGUUCUCUCCUUCCUCAUACACUACUGCUGCUGUCGCCGGGGCGACCGGAGCGAGGGAUCGGAGGAGGAGGAGGAGGAUGAAGACGGCAGCACGGGUCACGGCUACAGCGGGAAGAAGGGGAGGGGCAUCUGCUGCGUCACAUGGGUGGCGGUGGCGGCCGUCACGCUGUGCUGUGUUGCCAUAGGCAUCGGUUUCUAUGGCAACAGCGAGGCUAACGAUGGGAUGUAUCAGUUGACCUCGUCUCUCCUCACAGCCAAUUAUACGCUAGCUUCCAUCGAUCUGCUGAUUUCCGACACGAUCACCGGGCUGCAGCUGUCCAUCUCUGGGCCCCUGACGACGCUGGAGGAGCUCUUCACCGGCAGCAAACCCUUCACGGUGUCCACCCGGAACUGCAGGCGGCUGUCCGAGAACGUGAUCAGCCUCCUGUCCUCCAUCUCCAUGGCUCAGUCCAGCAGCGACGCGGCCCUGGCGAACGACAGCAGCGUCAGCGGCGCGUCCAUCGUGCCGCUGACCCCAGUACCGCCCUCCGUGGCUCCAACGGUGGUGCCUACCAGCAACCUCAUGCCCAACCCGUUCUCACCUGGCUGGGCAGCCAACACCCUCAUGGUCAAUGAGGACUACAGGUGGCUGUCCUACGUGCUGCUGCUGCUGCUUGACCUCAUAGUGUGUCUGUUCAUCUUGCUGGGACUGGCCAAACAAGCCCGAUGGCUGCUCAUCCUGAUGACUGUGCUGGCGUGGCUGGCUUUGUUCCUGAGCUGGGGCUCUCUGGGUUUGGAGACAGCCACUGUAGUGGCGCUCAGCGACUUCUGCUCGGAUCCGAACGCAUUCGUCCUCAACUCCACCAACUUCAACAGCGGCACCAGCUCAGAUGUGCUGGACUAUUACCUGACCUGCAGCAGGCGCAUGAGCAGCCCCUUCCAGCAGCUGAUGACCCAGUCGCAAAGGGCGCUGUCCAACAUCCACACACACCUCUCCAGUCUGGACAGGAACGCGCUCACGCAGUUCCCCAAGGCCGAGAAAUCACUCAGGGAGGUUCAGCAGAUCCUCAACUCCACAGAGGGCAACUUCCAUCAGCUGGUGGCUCUACUCAACUGCCGCGGCCUCAAUAAGGACUACAUCGACUCCCUAAAGGGCCUGUGCUAUGAUGGGAUGGAGGGACUGCUCUACCUGUCCCUGUACUCCUUCCUCUCGGCUCUGGCCUUCACCGCCAUCCUCUGUUCUCUGCCCGGCGCCUGGAGGAGCUUCCCCAGUGACUCAGAGGAGUAUGAAGACUCGGACAGUGAGAGCGAGGACCCCUUCACCUCCCAUCAGGCACGUAGACAGACGGCCUCGGGGUCUCAGCGAGGGGCCAUGGCCCCCUUCUAUAAUUACCCAGGGGCCGGGUGGACGCCCCCCUUUUCUAGCGCGCCGCCCCUCCCGACUCCAAACGUUUCCUCCAAUGGCAACCCUGGCUAUGAGAGCCUACCCUUGACUGACAGGCAGUCCCCACCCCCCUCUUACUCUCCCAGCAUGCUGACUGGUUACGGGGGAGGUCAAUCACACCCCAACCCUGCUCAUUCGAGGAACCUGUAUUCACGUUGAUCAUUAAUAUUUUUUAGGAAAUGUAUAGAAAAAAUGUUUAGUUUUCAUAUGAAUGGACACUUUACUGAAAUGAAAAAGAAACUAAUCUAAAUAAGAUGAAUGCUAGAUGUGAACUCAAAGUGCGUCAAGUCAUUACCACUGAGUAUUAUUAUUAUUAUUAUUAUUAUUAUUAGAAGCACUUAAAAGAAACAGGUCUAAAUGGACUGUUCAUGUAACCGGCCGUAGCCGUGUCGGUAGGACUGCUUGUGCAAAGCUAUAAACCAAGUCUGACUUGGUCUAAAUCCUUUUCCUUGUCUGUCUAAACUCUGUGUUAACUGUGAACAGUGCUGAGGAAAGUCAGAAUGAUAUUGACGUUACUACGUUGUACUUUUAUAUUCUUCAGUGUAUCAGUACCAUCAAUUUAUUUUCAAGUUUUUAUAUAAAUAUUGUUGUAGAAAAGCACUGGCACGUAGCAACAAUACACAUUUUUUCUGUGAAUGGUUAUGCAGUUCCCCCACUUGGUAUAUUUUUUUUUAUUAUUGCUUUUUAUAGGUGGCAUAUUCUGUAUUUUCCUUGUAUUACCUUAUGCUAUUCUGUAUAUCUCACUGUCUAUGAUAUCUGAAUAAUCAUGAACCUUCGCUCUUAAAAAAAUAUCUGAGGGCUACUAAGACCCCUGGUUUAAUCACUGAAUGGAGAACUACAAUUGCUACUCGAGUCUUGAGUGCAGAACUACAAAUCCCAAGCAGGUACAUAGCAAUAUGAUUCUUGCUACUGGUGCUGCAGUAGCUCUACCGUAACUAGCAAUAAUACUAUGUAUAGCAUUGGGUCUCUGAGAUGUCUCCAAGCUGUUUUGUGUAUAUAUGGCAUAGUAUGUUGGAGAUUUCAUUGAAUCCCCUUCCUUGAAUCCCCUUCCUUACCAACUGACCUUGUUAACCCUUGAAAUGAGUUUGUAUGGUUAUCAAUGCUCCUUUUGAAUGGCAUCCUUUUACACUCAAGAGUCUAAUAUAAAUAAAAAUAACUUCAAUAACCUGACAA